GGGCGAGCGGGCUGAGCUGGGCACUGCGCUGGGGCGCACCGCUCCGGGUACCCAGGCCCCGUCACCUUCCCUUUGCCCCGGGGCUCUGUUCUCACUUUCGAGCAGUGGAAGGACGGGAAGCGGGAGCCAUGCAGUCGGAAUCGGGGAUCGUGCCGGAUUUCGAAGUCGGGGAGGAGUUUCACGAAGAGCCCAAAACCUAUUACGAACUCAAAAGUCAACCUCUGAAGAGCAGCAGUUCCGAGGAGCAUCCUGGGGCCUCCAAGCCUCCGAUAAGCUCCUCCAGUAUGACAUCACGCAUCUUGCUACGCCAGCAACUCAUGCGUGAGCAAAUGCAGGAGCAGGAGCGCAGGGAGCAGCAGCAGAAGCUGCAGGCGGCCCAGUUCAUGCAACAGAGAGUGCCUGUGAGUCAGACCCCAGCCAUAAACGUCAGCGUGCCCACCACCCUUCCCUCCGCCACCCAGGUGCCGAUGGAAGUCCUCAAGGUGCAGACCCACCUCGAAAACCCCACCAAGUACCACAUACAGCAAGCCCAAAGGCAGCAGGUAAAGCAGUACCUUUCUACCACUUUAGCAAAUAAACAUGCCAACCAAGUCCUGAGCUUGCCAUGUCCAAACCAGCCUGGCGAUCAUGUCAUGCCACCAGUGCCGGGGAGCAGCGCACCCAACAGCCCCAUGGCUAUGCUCACACUUAACUCCAACUGUGAAAAAGAGGGAUUUUAUAAGUUUGAAGAGCAAAACAGGGCGGAAAGCGAAUGCCCAACUAUGAACACACAUUCACGAGCAUCGUGCAUGCAGAUGGAUGAUGUAAUCGAUGACAUCAUUAGCCUAGAAUCAAGUUAUAAUGAAGAAAUCCUGGGAUUGAUGGAUCCUGCUUUGCAAAUGGCAAAUACGUUACCUGUCUCUGGAAAUCUGAUUGACCUCUAUGGCAACCAAGGCCUGCCGCCCCCAGGCCUCACCAUCAGCAACUCCUGUCCAGCCAACCUUCCCAACAUAAAAAGGGAGCUCACAGCGUGUAUUUUUCCCACAGAAUCUGAAGCGAGAGCGUUGGCUAAAGAGAGGCAAAAAAAGGACAAUCACAAUUUGAUUGAACGAAGAAGACGAUUUAACAUAAAUGACCGCAUUAAAGAACUAGGUACUUUGAUUCCCAAGUCAAAUGAUCCAGACAUGCGCUGGAACAAGGGAACCAUCUUAAAAGCAUCUGUGGACUAUAUCCGAAAGUUGCAGCGAGAACAGCAGCGUGCAAAAGAACUUGAAAAUCGACAGAAGAAGCUGGAGCACGCCAACCGGCAUUUGUUGCUCAGAAUACAGGAGCUUGAAAUGCAGGCUCGAGCCCACGGACUUUCGCUUAUUCCAUCCACGGGCCUCUGCUCCCCCGACCUGGUGAAUCGGAUCAUCAAGCAAGAACCCACUCUCGAGAACUGCAACCAAGACCUCCUUCAGCACCACGCAGACCUACCUUGCACGACGACGCUCGAUCUCACAGACGGCACCAUCACCUUCAACAACAACCUUGGCGCGGGGACCGAGGGUAACCAAGCCUAUAGCGUCCCCACGAAAAUGGGAUCCAAACUGGAAGACAUCCUGAUGGAUGACACUCUUUCUCCCGUUGGCAUAACUGACCCACUGCUCUCGUCAGUGUCCCCCGGAGCUUCCAAAGCAAGCAGCCGAAGGAGCAGCAUGAGCAUGGAAGAAGCCGAGCACGCUUGUUAGCGGGCCGCCCUGCCCUGUGCUUUCCGAAACUGCUUCCUUUCUUGAUUCGUAGGUUUCAUAAUUUCCCCGAAGGGGGUUUCUUGAUAAUUUUUCCUUUAAUAUGAAAGUUUUUUUCAUGCUUUAUCAAUAGCCCAGGAUAUAUUUUAUUUUUAGAAUUUUGUGAAACAGACUUGUAUAUUCUAUUUUACAACUACAGAUGCCUCCAAAGUAUUGUACAAUGAGUGUACAGUAUCUGCGAACUGAAUUCACCCCGGACUUUAGCUUUCUGAGCAAGAGGAUUUUGCAUCAGAGAAAUUUCUGUCCAUUUUUAUUCAGGGGAAACUUGGUUUGAGAUUUUUUUUUUUUCUUUUAUGCCUGUGACAUCUUUGGAAAUUAAAUGUAAAGUUUAAUUGAAAGAAUGUAAAGUAAC